AUGGCAAGCACUAUCGGAGGUGGUCUCGAUGUAGACUGGUUGCUACACUCGAGGAAAGACCAUGCUCAACCCCCCAGUGACCAAAAACCGGUGUCCCAAAUCCUCACACAACCUCAAAUCCAGCAGACCGAACCUACGCCGCCGCCGUCUCCGGCGAAUCCUGCCCUCGCAAAACAAUCGCAGAGAGAGCCGCACACAACAGCUUCCCAGCAGAAGCCCAUCUCAGCAGUGACCGGCAAGGAAUUUGAUCUACAAGCUGCUGCACAGAAGAUUGUGGGGUCUACUCCACCAAAAUCGCCGCAGAAUCAACAAUCCCGACCUUCAUUGUCCCGAGGCCAAAACAGCGACGAGACUAAAAGGGGUCUGAAGCCAAACGGAGGUAAUGUCAGGAAGGAGGGAAGACGAAGUUCAUGGAUUGCAAGUUUCAGUUCCAAGUUUUCCUCUUCGAAUUCCCCUCCACCUUCACAUAACUCUAGCUUUGAUGUCCAGUCCCAGUCAAAUGGUAUCGCCGCAUCUCCUCAGCCUAUCCCUAGACACGAAUUGACGAAUCCAUUUAAUAAGAAAGAACUCGUCAAAGAUGUACAAAAGGAGACCAAAAAGGAAGAAAAUAAACCGGCGGUUAACGUUCACACUCCCCCGCGUCGACAGUCGGUGUUAGUUGCUGCGGGAAAAGAGACCAAAUUAGACCAUCCAGGAUUCUUGUCCAGUGCUCUAAGGAGGCUUUCCUCUUCUUCAAAUACCACCAUGGGAAAGGGCGCUGGUGGGGGGGCAAUCUGUCCAAGAAAGGUCAUGAAUAUCGAUCACAACCGUGAGCGUAUUAAGAUCAGCGAAUUCGACCAGAACAAGCUGAAAAGAGUGGCAUUUUGUGUCGAUGUGGAAAUCGCUGGAUUUGCUUCUCAAGCGGAUGAAGAUCCUGAUCUAUACAGCCGGCCUUCUAUGCAGGAUCCCCAGAAGCCGUCCUUGACUACGUCAGACAAGGGAAUUGGAAAGAGGGACUACAAGGAUGCGAAAUACAAGGGAAAAGGAGAAGGCGCGGCUCUGAAGAAUCCUACAGCAGCUACUGAAGAAAAGGAAGAGGCUGAACAACCAAAACACGACACCGGGUCUGAACUUCCUGAAAGUAAGAGGGACAAAAAGCCUCAAUCCGAAGAAGUUGCGCCGCGGUCUGAGCCCCAACCUAUACCUCCUACACGGAAAAAGGAGAAAAAGAAACGAUCAGAGGCCGAACGAAAGGAACGAAGAGAGCGGAAGAGAAGACAUGCUGAAGCAAAUGGUCUGGUUCCUCUUGAAUUGACUCGAGAAGAUGACGACUCAGAUUCGAGCCCUAGUAGCACCCCUCCGGGUGCGUCAACUCCAAAACGGCCGAGCGACGGUCCUACGACUGAUCCAUUACGGAUUUAUAAGCGAUGUUGCCAGCUCCGUGAAACGACGGUUCUCAGUCGAAUGAAGGAACAAAUAUCAAAACCAUCAGCAACUUUGGCAGAAGCUCCUGGCACUGUUGCAGUGAUGGAUCUUUCAGGCUUACGAAUGCAGCUGCAAGAUGUAAUUACCUUGGGCGAUUGGCUUGCUGUUGUACCUGUUCGAAAACUUAUCCUUGACGGUUGUGGCCUGACCGACGAAGCUGUUCGAGUGAUUUUGUCCGGACUGGCGUCGUGUAAAUCUGCCGAACAGGCUCGACAGAACAGAAAACUGCCUAAAAGGCUAUCUGGAAAGAGUGGCAUGGAACAAAUGGGGGUCAUCGAGAAGCUCUCGAUGAAAGAAAAUCCGGGAAUUACUAAUCUCGGUUGGAAGUAUAUCGGUCUUUUCAUGCACAUGUCACAAUCACUGAGGGCCAUUGACCUUUCCGGGAUACCAUUUCCAAAAUCCGGUGAUUUCUCUCAAACUUUUUCCACAACCAGCUCCGGGAGCAACAACAUAAUCGACCCAUCCUCAAAAUUUUCUGAUCUAGGAGCUCUGAUCGUCCAUGCUUUGUCUGUACGAUUAGGCGAUAAGUUUGAGGAACUCAUCCUUGGUGGUUGUGGACUUUCGACGGCCAAUAUUCGAGAGAUUGUGGAUUGCGCUAUCAAAUGCAAGAUUCGACGGCUUGGUCUUGCGGACAACAAUCUGAAUGAAGAAGCCUUGAUGUACGUCGUUCGAUACAUCAAAUCUGGUGUUUGUGAAGGACUUGAUCUCGGAGGCAACAAUUUGCAUGGUACUGGACAUGUUCUAGCUGACGCGGCCGAUGAUCAAUGUCCACUGUUCGCCAUCAGUCUCUCGGAUUGCAACUUGACAUCCAACGAUCUCGGCUCCAUUUUGAUACCAUUUGUGAAACUCACCAAUCUCAAGUUUAUCGACCUGUCACGUAACAAGGCUUUGUUCACCAGUCAGCCAAACGCGGUGUCGGUUUUCCGAAAAUUGCUUCCCAAAUUAACUCGUUUGAAACGGAUACACCUAUCAGAUACUGAAAUGACACCAGAACACGUCAUCGCUCUGGCUGAAAUUCUUCCAGACUGUCCUUCGUUGGCACAUCUCAGUAUUUUGGAUAAUUAUCCUCUCGUUCACGCUAUGAAUUCGAAAGAAGAAGGUUUCCAAGAAGAAGCCUGUGCAUUCUUUGCUUCAUUAAUGACUGCAGUGAGAGUAUCGGAGACUAUCAUUGCUGUCGAGAUUGAAGUUCCUAGUGCCGACAGUAGCGAAGUGGUCAAAGCACUAGCAUCACAGGUUGUCGCCUACAGUCUUCGAAAUAUGGAGCGUACUACACUCGACGAAGUGGGUGUCAAGCCUACUAAUUUGGCAGAAAAGGAUGCACCGGAAGUCUUACUUCACCUGGUCGGACAUAUGGAAGGCUACACAGAAAAUCAUGACAAAGACGAACCGGCUCCAGAUGAAGAUUAUGUGAUUGCAUCUACAGGAAUUGUCAAAGCCCUUGAUGUCUGCUUAGGUAGCAAGGACGGCAGCAGUCGAGCACAUUCCAGAAAUAUCAGUCCUGCUGCAAGUGGAACGACAACUCCCAAACAAGGAGGUCUUCGUCAACGGACCAUGUCUAAACCUCGUGAUGUUAGUUUGGAACUCUGUGAGAGUGCAAGGAAGAUCAGGAUGAGAUUGAGGCCGGCAUUGAUCAAAGAGGACCGCGCUGGAAAUGAUGCAAACUAUCGACGUCUUAUAUUCCUUGAUCAAACCUUGCAACGUAUGAUUCAACGAUUCGAGGACGAAUACCCUGAAACCAAAGUUGCAUCCACAUCACCACCAAUAACCAAUAGCAUACCCUCACCAGAUCCCUCCCUUCCUGAUCCAUCUCUUCUUUCAGGAUCAGUAGAUUCCGAUGGAUUGAUGAAGAUGACUUCUGCGGAAGAGUAUUUCCCUGCUGAUGCCGAGUCCUCGAAAGAUCCUUAUGCUCUCAAAUUGUCUCGAACUUCUUCAAAUACAUCUCUUGCGGCCAAGGCUUACACGGACGAAGAAGGCCGUAUACUUCGUUUUGGACAAACAAUGCGAAGAGAGGUCCUGAAGCCAACUGGAGUGGAUGAUGCCCUACAUGGCACCAGCAGGUACGACGAACCCGAACCUCCUCAUCUGGCUGCUCUUCGGGCCAAGUUGGAGGAAGUCCGAGGUGAGGAUAUCCGAGCCAAGGUGGAAAAAGAUGGAGUUGAUAAUGUUAUUCGGGAACUCGGUCUGAAUGCUCAAGAACUAUUGAUGUUACGAGAGCAGGAUCCUGAAGGGUUCGAGGCUUUUAGGGAUUCUCAAUUGGCUGCUCACUUUAAUGCCGGUCUAAUUGAUGUGGAUGGAUAUCGGAAAGAGAAGAGCUGA